AAUUCUGUUUUUUGUCUUGAGGCACUGCGCUAUGAGCUCCAAAGCGCCCUGCUCCAUUUCUUCUGUCAUACACUCCAUUCAUUUCAGCGGGAUUAAUUGAAGCAAAGUCACUUGUUGUAUCGGGUUGUUUUAUCAGGAGAGAGCGGAGACUUUAGGGGAAAAAUAUUCGACAGUUUAAGAUGAAGCUGCAGUGGAGUUGGACGUGUCUCCUACUCUUGUCCAUCGUCGUGGUAACACGGGCCCAGGAAGAUGAGCUUGAGGAUGAUGAAGAGGCACAAGUGGAGGAUGGAGAGCUGGACUCCGAGGCAGACAGCAGUGAAGUGCAAGCUGAUGCUAAAGUCUCUUUCCAGGUCACAUAUAAGACCCCUGUACCCACUGGUGAGGUUUUCUUCUCCGAGACAUUCGACGAUGGAGCUCUUGGCAGAUGGAUCAAGUCCAAAACAAUGAAAGAGGAUGCAGAUGAGGAUAUUGCGAAGUAUGAUGGCAAGUGGGAGGUGGAGGCUCUGAAGGAGAACAAAGUGCCUGGUGACCUGGGUUUGGUCCUAAAGUCCCGCGCCAAGCUUCACGCCAUCGCAGCUCCUCUCAACAAACCGUUCGUCUUCAAGAACAAACCGCUCGUGGUGCAGUAUGAAGUUAAUUUUCAAGACGGGAUUGACUGUGGUGGGGCCUACAUUAAAUUACUGUCUGACUCCCCCAACCUGGACUUGGAGCAGUUUCACGACCGCACACCAUACACGAUCAUGUUCGGGCCAGACAAGUGCGGAGAAGACUACAAACUGCACCUCAUCUUCAGGCAUAAAAACCCUCUGAAUGGAGAUUUUGAGGAGAAGCAUGCCAAGAGGGCUGACACAGACCUCAGAAAGGUGUAUUCUGACAAGAAAACUCACCUCUACACACUGGUUCUGAACCCAGACAAUACGUACGAGAUAUUUAUUGACCAAUCCAGUGUUAGCAAAGGAAACUUGCUGACUGACGUGGUUCCACCGGUAAACCCACCUAAAGAGAUCGAUGAUCCCAACGACUCUAAACCGAGUGACUGGGACGAGAGAGCUAAGAUUCCUGACCCAGAAGCUGUCAAGCCUGAUGACUGGGAUGAGGAUGCCCCUGCAACAGUGCCUGACCCUGAUGCAGUGAAACCUGAGGGCUGGCUGGAUGAUGAGCCUGAGUUUGUCCCAGACUCUACAGCUGAGAAACCUGAAGACUGGGAUGAGGAGAUGGAUGGUGAGUGGGAGGCUCCUCAGGUACCUAACCCUUCAUGUCAAACUGCUCCUGGCUGUGGUGAGUGGAAACCUCCCACAAUCAAUAACCCCAAGUACAAGGGUAAAUGGAAGGCUCCGCUCAUAGACAACCCCAACUACCAGGGUGUGUGGAGUGCACGUAAGAUCCCAAAUCCGGACUACUUUGAAGAUCUGGAGCCGUUUAAGAUGACCCCAUUCCGGGCUGUGGGACUGGAGCUGUGGUCCAUGACAUCUGACAUCUACUUUGAUAACUUCAUCAUCAGUGCUGAUAAAGAGGUGGUAGACCGUUGGGCCGCAGAUAGCUGGGGGCUCAAAAAACUGGUGGCUAGUGCGAAUGAGCCGGGGGUGUUUAGUCAGCUGAUGUUGGCGGCAGAGGAGAGGCCGUGGCUGUGGAUAGUCUAUAUUCUGACUGUUGGACUGCCUAUUGGCCUGGCUGUUCUUUUCUGCUGGCCUAAGAAGUCUGAGGAUGAUUACGCCUAUAAGAAAAUCGAUCCACCCAAAAGGGAAGAGGUAGAUGAAGAAGAAGAAGAAGAGGAGGAGGAGGAGGAGGGGGAGGGAGAAGAGGAAGAGCAGGAGAAAGAAAAGCAAGAGGAUACAGUUGAAGCAGAGGAAGCGGCUGAACCAACUGCAGAAGAUGCAGGCAGAACUGAGGAAGAGGAAGGAGAAGAAGCUGAAGGAGAAGCUCCAGAGGAGGAGGAGGAUGUGGUGGAGGUUGAGGAGGAGGAGGAGGAGGUUGAGGAGGAAGAAGAGGAAACUAGUAAAUCAAACGACAUGCCUUCAGAUGAUGAGAUGAAGGACGCUGAUGAGGGGAUCGACGGCACUGGAGAGGGACAGAAACAGGCUGUGAGAAAAAGAAGAGUACGGAAGGACUGAAGCACCUGUUUCUUAUACUUUCUCCCUGUUCCCUUUUCUCUUUCUCCUUCUCCUUUCCUCGCCCGCUCUGCCUCUCUAAGUGCUGCAUGCCCCUGGCUUUAUGACGACCGCAGGCUCCCCCACCCCCUCCACUGGAGCUCUUCCUUCUUUUUCCCGUUAUCUUAGUCUUCCUCUCCACCAGUAGUUUAUAUAUGGGUUACUUUUUUCAGUUUAGCCGUACCAAUGAAAACUCUGCUGUAUUUCCUCAUGAGAGGAUUGAACAAGUAGCACUGAGACCAGAUUUUACAACUGACUGUGCACAUACUGACAUGAAGGAUAAGAAAAAGAAAAAAAAAGAUGCGUAACAGAAGGAACUCCAGAAAGCCGACAUUACGACACGUUUGCGCCGAUUUCAAAAAGUGUUCUUUAACUUAUUUAAAAGGAGUUCUCGCCGGUUUUGUGUGUUUUAAGUUAUUACGUUUUUAGCUUUAUUGUUUGAAAGAAAUCGCACUGAAUAUGAUAUUUAUUAUUUGUAUGUCGUCUAGAAAAAGAUGAGUUUGAUGCCGGAGCUGUUUAAAAAAAAAUCUUGCUUUCUGCAGUAAUCACUCUUAGUUUAUAGUGAGGGAGAUUUUGACUUGUACAGUCUGAAUCUGUUUUCACACAGCAUCUGACAAGGCUUUGUGGCUUGGCAAACUUAAAGACGCGAUAUUUUAAACAUGGCCAAUGUAGUAUGUAAUCAUUCUCUUCAAAUGUUCAUUUAGAAGGCUCAUUAUUAUUAUUAUUAUUAUUAUUAUUAUUAUUAUUAUUCUACACAAAUCCAAUGAGGUUCAGAAGAAAAAGCAAGCAAAGCUAAUGUGAGCAACUAAAAUCUAAUUUCAAAUCCCAGCGUUAAUCACGUGGAUCAAAAGAAUCCAGUUGUAAUCAGCUUGACCGAUUAAUACAAUAGUUUGGCCAAAAAUGAAACGUACACAAUUUUCCCUUUAGCCUAACAGCAGCAUUGCAGUUUUUAGACUUUGUGUGUGUAUAACAAUAUAUCAAAUCAACCACUAGCACACAAAUGACGUGUUUUCCUAUGGGAAGUGGCAGAAUGCAGCUACUGUUAAAACAUGCUUCAUUUUUGGAUUUUUUUUCCAUAGUUAACCUUUUCAAAAUGAGCAAAACAAACAGGGAGGACAAGGUGCUGGAAAAUUAGCCUUGUUAGAUGAAUGGGCAUAAAUCCUGAAUGAUGAUGAUGAUGAUGAUGAUGAUGAAUCUAAUCUACAUAAGCAGCUAGGCUGGCUAGGGAGCCAAUACGAGCUAGAACUGGUAAGAGUGCUGUUUUGCUGUGUGUGCGCUUCACAAAGCGGCUUCUCUUUUCUGUUCAUAUUAGCACAAAAAGCAGUUUCUAUAUAAGGGGGGGAAAAAAACACCAAGUUUGAAAGAACCCUUUAAGGUAACACAUCUCUGCUGAUGGCUCACAUUUGGGAGAAGGGGAAUAUAGUGACACUUCAUUUUUGUAACUAUUUAUUUGAGAGAAUUUGUGAUUAUAGCCAUCGGCACACGGAACGAUUCACUGUGAGCUCUCAUCUCCGACACGGGAUACUUUCAGUUUUUACGGGAAUGUUACUAACGUCUCGUUUUUCUGGUUUCUGUCAUGCAAGAAAUGCUUUUAAGUUACAUUUGUUUGUGAUCUGAGCACUGCAGUUGGAAAUAAACAUUUAAUACAAAAUGGUGUGCAGAAAAUAAGACUCCAUGUAAGCAAAAGCAAAAACAGUUUAUUAACACAAGUUUGUAAUAGUACGAUUUACACGCAAGGCUUUAUCUACAUUGGAUGUGUGCAGGCUCAAGUUAAUACCUGAAGAAAUGUUCAUAUACAGUAUUAAAGUACAUUAAAAAUAAUAAAUAGUGUAAUACAUGACCAGUUCUUUGUAACAAUGAAGCUCUAUCAUGUUUCUUAUGACUCGAGUUCUGUAUGUCACACUAUAAGAUCUGUAACAUCUUUAUUUCUACAGUAAUUAAUGUCCAGAAAAUGUUAUUACUUUAACCUAAUCAGAUCUACCUUACUCGGAUGCCCUGCAGCUCUAAAAUCUGUUUAUUUGGUGAGACCGCGCUGCAUCAAUUACCAAAAACGGCUAGCAGACGUAUCUAAAGUCAUUGUGUUGUUAUUUCCCGGCUCUGCUUUGUCUACGUGGUUUGCAGAAAUCAAAUGCGCCCGUCGAUCCAGAGUACUCUCUGGGAUCGAUAUCACUCAACACGGCCGCCGUUUCCGUUUUUACCGCUUAAAUGCCAGACGGUCCAUUUAUUAGUGCCGUCUCGCAUCCUCAUCUCCGCUGUCUUUUCACGUAUCCCAGCUCAAGCGAGUCGUCCUUUCUACACAUCGCUGUACUGUUGUCUUGCCACCUCUCGCUAUAGUUGUAUUUAUUCUGUUGUAUUUAUUCUAUAGAUGCUGUUAACCAAAGUGAAUAAGAUGAGCACAGAGCAGUUAAGGAUUAACGGCCCUGACGUAGCAAGUGUCUGACUCCUGUCGCUGUCUGUUAUCUGGGAAACAACGACAACAGCCAAUGUAUUUUCUUCUCCUCGGUGCGAGGAAAUGUUUCUCUGUACCAGUUAGUAGCAACAGUCUAUAUUUGUAAGUUAAAAAUGAAACUGGAAGACAGUAUUGCGGAAAAAUCGAUUUUGGAACGUGGCUGUUGGGAUUUUUUUUUUUCUUGCGCGUUCCCGAUGUCAUGCGAGAAGGCCUGGCACACAGUCACUACCCCAGUUCAUCCCGGCCCCCUUUAGUUCCAGUGAGAGGUAAUCUUAAUACUAAAGCAUACAAAGACUUUCUAUACCAUUACGUGCUUCUAAUUUUGUGGAACAGUUUGGAGAAGGCCCACAUAUGGGUGUUAUGGUCAGGUGUCCACAUACAUUUGACCAUAUAGUGUAUGUUUUGUAAUCAUUUUUUGGAAAUCUAAUAAUCUUUUGGAGAUAAGGGAUGAAUUAUGUCAGUUCAUGGUUGUUCUCAUGGACCAGGGUUUUGCAGAAGGCCCUCUUGUAGUGUGGAAAUUGUAUUUGGCUUGGCUACAAAGUAGUCGACAUCCUGAUUGCACAGGCCUGUCUUAUGUCUAACGUGCACGCGUGCCAGGGGCACCGGGGGCUCGGUGGUUAAAGCUCACGGCUACUGAUCAGAACCAACCAACCAACCAACGAACUAAUCAGAACCGAGCGGCGAACCAACAAAAUGCCUCUAUUGGGUGCUUGUGCAAGGCUCUUAAACACUCUCGGCUCCAGGAGCUGAAUCAUGGCUGGCUGACCCAAGCUAGGAUAAAAGAAUGCAACUGUACUGUAUUUGUAUACGCGACAAUAAAGACUUGAGUACAGACUCUGAAUAUUUAUUACCAGCGCUGUAAUUACUGUAGCAGAGCCUCUGCCUCUAUGGACUUUUUUUUAACCAACUCCACCUCUAACUGUUAAUGCAAAAUAAACCCAAUACAGCAGAAAUGUUUUGUCCAUGAUAGUUCUUCAUCGUUGCCAUUUGUUCACUAAUAAUCAUCAAUAUCGGCUUCUUAAAUCAUGCAUGUCUCUUUGGAAGAAUAAAUAAUGGCACCUCAUGCACGUUCAGGUUGAGCUUCCUGUGCUAAAGAGUACACGGCACUUCUCUUCUGUGCUUUCAUUUUUAACAUAUCAUAAUAGAGUGACAAAGUAAACUGCAUUAUUUGAUCAAAUAGG